AAUUUCGAGCGUUGGUUCCGAGCCGCGCGCAUCUCUCGCUGCUCGGACGUCGAGAGGCCCUCCCCCGGGAGGUGGAAUUGAUCGUUGAUGUGCGCGCAGCAGGACGAGCGCUACCAGCAGCACAAGAGUCUGUUUUUGGAGUUUCUGGAUGGCAAGCAUUCGGAGACGGGCGACGACUAUCCGGAGAGGGUUCGCCAAAUGGUCGAAGAGGGCAGGUGCAGGUUGAUCGUCAGCUUGGACGACUUCAUUGCGUUCGACCGCAAUCGCCAACACAUUUCGAGAUUGAUGUCUCAGCCCCACCGUUACAUUGCUGCGUUCCAGGACGCGCUGAAGGCGUACGUGGAUUCGGUUCCCGCGCUGGAGUCCGCGCGCGAGGAAUACUUCGUCGGGUUCAGCGGCAGCUUCGGGCCGAACAGAGUGUCGCCUCGACAGCUCAGAGCGUCUCUGAUCUUGUCGCUUUUGUGUGUCGAGGGGGUCGUGACGAAGAUGUCGCCGGUGCGCCCCAAGCUGGUGCAAUCCGUGCAUUACUGUCCCGCCACGAAGAAGCACACGGUGAAGUACCACAGGGACUCCACGGCGCUGUUCGGGCUCCCCACGGCGCCCGCGUACCCCAAGACGGACGAAUUCGGAAACGUUCUCCAAACCGAGUUCGGAUUGUGUGUUUUCAAGGACUUCCAAACUCUGCACGUCCAGGAGAUGCCGGAGAGGGCGCCGCCCGGCCAGCUGCCCCGCAGCGUCGAGGUGAUCGUCGAGAACGACCUGGUCGACCUGGUCAAGCCGGGGGACCGCGUCAGGGUGAUGGGCGUCUACAGAGCUCUGGCGAACGCCUUCACGACCCAGAAGACGAAGGGCAUCUUUCAGACGCUGAUCGUAGCGAACAACAUUCAGGUGAUCGGCAAGGACGCUCAGGGCCCCGUGAUCACGGCGGAAGACGUGCAGAACAUAAAAUCCCUGGCGAAGGACCCAAAUGUGUUCGAGAUAUUGAGUCGCUCGAUAGCGCCUUCCGUGUACGGGUACUCUUACAUAAAAAAGGGAAUUCUAAUGCAACUGCUGGGCGGCGCGGAACAAGACCUGAAGUCCACCGGCAUUCGCAUAAGGGGAGACAUCAACAUCCUCAUGGUCGGGGACCCCGGCACGGCCAAGUCCCAGCUCCUUCGGUUCGUGAUGCACGCAGCUCCGCUGUGCAUCUCCACCUCGGGCCGCGGCGCGUCCGGCGUCGGGCUGACCGCGGCGGUGGUUCAGGAUAGAGAGACCAGCGAGAGGCGCUUGGAGGCCGGCGCGAUGGUGCUGGCCGACCGAGGGAUAGUGUGCAUUGACGAGUUUGACAAGAUGACACCGGACGACCGAGUCGCGAUUCACGAGGCCAUGGAACAACAGACCGUCACCAUAUCGAAGGCGGGCAUUCACGCCUCUCUGAACGCUCGGUGCAGCGUCUUGGCAGCCGCGAACCCGAUUUACGGGAAGUAUGACAAAAACAAGACCGCGACUCAGAACAUCGCCCUGCCAGAUUCGCUCUUGUCUCGGUUCGACCUGCUGUUCAUAGUCUUGGACCUCCUCGACCCGAUGCACGACCGGAACGUCGCCGAGCACGUCGUCCGCAUGCACCGCUACCGGCAGGGGGACGACGGCGAGUCGGACGAGCUCCGCGGGGACCCGGCGGGCGUCGGAGAGCCGGGGCCCAGUUCGCGCCCCGCGGACGACGCGCGGACGAUUCCAGAGGAGGAGGGCGACGAACAGCCCAAGACCUCCCCCAUCUACGUCCCGUGCACCAGCUACUAUGCGCCCAGCAGCGGACCAAGGGACAAAAUCUGCACCAUUUCGUUCAUCAAAAAGUACAUUUUGUACGCCAAACUGCGCGCGCAACCCGUCCUGACUCAGGAGGCCCAAGCUAGAAUAGUCGAGGCCUACGACGAGCUCAGGAGGAAAGAAGACACCAAAACGCUCGCCGUCACCGCCAGAAUGCUGGAAACGGCGAUUCGCCUGUCAGUCGCCCACGCGCGCUGCAGACUCUCCAACGACGUGACCCUAGACGACGUCGAUUCGGCGCUGGAAAUCAUGCGAUACGCGCUCUACAACGACGCCGGACAAAACUCGAGCGCCCCAACGCUCCGAACCGAAGCCGGCGACUCGGCGAACGACGUCCAGCGCUCGGGCACCAGCGAACCGCCGCCCGCGAGCCAACGAGACGUCGAACGCGCCCUAAGCAACCUGUUUCGCCAAAAGGACCAGUGCUCCGUCGCAGAGGUCUCCAGCGCCCUGCUCCAAGACGGCGCGGUCAGUCGCGCGGACCUGGACGCGCGCGUCAGAAGCGCGCUCGAGAACAUGGAAAACGACGGCAAGCUGAUGUUCUUGAACGAAGACUGCGUCAUGAAAAUGUGAACGCGCUCCUAUAUAGACGCGGAGCCCCCAAAAAAAAAAUAUAAAAAAAUAUAAAAAAAAAUACACAUAAAAAAUAAAAAAUUGAAUUUACAGUUAGAGAGACUGAGAGAGAAAA